AUGGCUCAAAACGUGAUCCCGCUCAUCAUUAACAAUGAGUCCGUCGUGACCGACAUCAAAUUCGAGGUCCACGCCCCCGCCACCGGCGAGCUCUCGAGUUACUGCGCUGGUGCCUCAGUCGACGAUGCAGUACGCGCGGUUGACAGCGCAAAGGCGGCCUUCCCAGCCUGGAGCAAGACCAAGGCUUAUGAUCGCCGUGACAUCCUACUCAAGGCCGCGGAGAUCAUGAUUUCGCGCAAGGAGGAGCUGAUCGCAUACCAGCAGGAGGAGACUGGUGCGGGGCGGCCCUUUUCCGAGCACACCUUCAACAUGGGUGUCAAUUUCAUCAAGGACUUUGCCGCGCGCAUUUCCACUAUUGAGGGUGUUGUGCCCAGCGUGACCUUGGAUGGAGAAGGUGCGAUGGUGUAUAAGGAGCCGUACGGUGUGAUCUUGUCAAUUGCGCCCUGGAAUGCUCCUUUUAUCCUGGGUACGCGCGCAGUCGCUCUCCCUCUCGCCGCCGGUAACACUGUUGUUCUCAAGGGCUCCGAGCUCUCGCCCAAGUGCUUCUGGGCUCUCGGUGAUAUUUUCCGCCAGGCUGGUCUCCCUGAUGGAUGCUUGAACGUUGUUUUCCACCAGGUUUCCGAUGCCGCGGCCGUCACUACCGCUCUUAUUGCCCACCCUGCUGUGCGAAAGGUCAACUUCACUGGCAGCACCAAUGUUGGUUCUAUCAUUGCCUCGACUGCCGGCAAGCACAUCAAGCCCGUUCUUUUGGAGCUGGGUGGCAAGGCCUCUGCGGUUGUUUUGGAUGAUGCCGAUCUCGACAAGGCUGCCAUGAGCUGCGCGCUUGGAUCAUUCAUGCACUCGGGCCAAAUUUGCAUGUCCACCGAGCGCAUCGUCGUGCAACGCAGUAUUGCGGAUCAAUUCCGCCAGAAGGUUGCCGAGAAUUCCGAGAAGCUCUUCGGCAAGGAUGCUCCAGCUUUGUGCCUUGUCAACGCCGCUGCCGUCACUAAGAAUAAGAAGCUUGUCUCUGAUGCUGUCUCGCGCGGCGCGAAGAUCCUCUUCGGAGAUGCCAAUGCCAACGAGUCCGUCGACACCUGCAUGCGCCCCAUCAUUGUCGACGGUGUUACCAAGGAGAUGGAUCUAUUUGCGACCGAGUCUUUCGGCCCGACCGUAUCCUUGAUCGUUGUCGAUACCGAGGAUGAGGCCAUCGCUGUGGCCAAUGACACCGAAUACGGCCUAACUGCCGCCGUGUACACUCAAAACUUGUUCCGCGGUCUUCGCGUCGCCAAGCAGAUCGAAUCUGGUGCCGUUCACAUUAACGCCCUGACUGUUCACGAUGAGCCUACCCUGCCCCACGGUGGCUGGAAGAGCAGCGGUUUCGGCCGUUUCGGCGGUGUUGCCGGCUAUGAUGAGUUCCUGCAGACUAAGACCGUCACUUGGAUGGAGUAA